AACAAAGGAAGAACGCUUCUCUCGCACACAUAAAAUCCCGACCGGGUUUUCAUUCCCUUUACCACUUGCCAAGCUGUCACACUCCUGCUUCCAAAAACCCUAGGCCCGCCUUCCCUCCUCCAAAAACCCUAGGCUGGCGUUCCCUUACACGGCGGAGAUGGGAGUGAGACACCGAACCCGCGGAGAUCGGCGAGAAUCUAGACCCUAGAUGCGAGACCUCGUUCGUGCGGUACGGUCCCUUGCACGCUAGAUUUCCCCCAACCCACCCCUGUCGAUGGAGACCGACACCGUGGCGCCGGCAGCCGCCGGCGGCGGUGAUCCCGUUGAGGCCCCGGAGAGCGGGGCUCCCGAGAUCGUGGCGGAAGAUGGCGCGACAGCGAAGUCGCCGUGGAGAGUGCCGGCGGCGCGGCCCGCGACACCGGCGAAGGGUAAGAGGGACGAUGGCCCGGACUCGUGGCCGGCGCUUACGGACGCCAGGGCGAAGGGUGGCUCUAAUGCCACUGGUACGAGGCCCGCUCUGCCAGCUAUGGCGGCGGCGGCGGCUGCGCCCGCGGCGGGGAAUGUGGGCUUGGUUCCGACAAACGGGCCGUCCCCGCCACCACCUCUUCCGUUUCAGGGAUCAACUGGAACGCGUAAAUCUGAGGGAUAUGGAAGCAGCAAUCCUUCCAAUAGGCAUCAUCCGCUGCACCCUCAUAAACAUGGUCCAAAGCGUAAUGCUCCUGCAAAUGGUGUGCCACCAUUUCCUGUACCCCUGCCAUACCACCAACAACCAGGUCAACCGGUGUUAUACCCUGUUUUACCACCUCCACCUCUGAUGGUUCCUCAGUAUGCCUAUCAGCCUCGCCCUGCACCAUAUCCUAAUGGUGAACCACAUAUUGUAAAGUCUGGAUGUGAAACUCCCUUGCCGGCCUUUGUUCCAACUGGUCAUGCUGGAGGAAAUGAUGGUAAUAAAAAUUUCCAUCCACCAACCCGAGGAGAUCCAAAUGCUUGGCGCCCCAAUGCCAGCAAUUUUGGCAGCAGACCAGCUAAUGGUCAUGAACAUGGUAGCCAUUUCAACCAGACAUGGCGCAAUCAACGGCCUUUGAAUCCAAGAGACAACAUGAAUAUGCCACAUGGUAUUGGUCCCAGGGCUUUCAUCAGGCCAGUUCCUCAAUUUUGUGGUCCAGCUCCAGGGUUCAUUAAUGGACCUGGUUAUCCUGGUCCUGCUCCUCCCAUGUAUUAUGUUUCUGCUGCUCCUCUGGAAAUGAUGAGGGGUCCUCAUUUUGUUUCACAUCCUCCGCCUCCUCCAUAUCCUAUUCCGACACCAGAGGCACUAGCCUUGCGGGCUAGCAUAGUAAAACAGAUUGAAUACUAUUUCAGUAAUGAGAAUUUGCAGAAGGACCCAUACUUGAUAUCAUUACUGGAUGAACAGGGAUGGGUUUCUAUAUAUAAAAUUGCAGACUUUAAUAGGGUUAAAAAAAUGACUACAAACAUAUCCUUGAUUCUGGAUGCUCUGCAGAGCUCCGAGUUGAUAGAAGUUCAGGAUGACAAGAUAAGAAGGCGAAAUGACUGGUCAAAGUGGAUUCCAGCAUCAGCUCUGCAGGCAGUUUCAACAAAAUCUCAGUCUACAGAAGGCCAAUCUCCUGUCGGCAUGGAAAAAAAUGACACUAGUGGAAGUAAUAAUGGUGGCAUCUCUCAUGAGAGUAAUGCUGGUCAAACUACAUGUAAAGAUAGAGAUGAGUCUUUGCCCACAUCCAAUGAUGAUUCUAAAGCAGAAGUUAAGAAUACUACAGAAUGUAACAUGGAGCAAGGAGAUAGCAAUGAAAGGAGCAAAGAAUUAGCAUCUGGACCAUUUUUGGAACCUAAACAAGGAGAGCCUUGUGACUGUAGCUGUCUGUUAGACAAGGAUUAUGUCAGCAGCAUUUCUGUCAGAUCUGAAGGUUCACAGAAGAAAACCUAUCUUUCCUGUGGUGUCUCUGAUCCUUCCAGUAGUCACAAUCCUGAACUUCAGAAAGUAAACACAAGGUCAAAUAUGAGACCUGACACCUCAAGUCGAGGUUCCUUUAAUGGUUUUGUGAAUAACGAGUCUCCUAGCUUUGCUGGGGAACAAAACACAUUCAUGCUUGAUGAAGAGCUGGAAUUAGAGCAGUCAACAAGCCAAAAAAACCAUCUAUCGUCAAACAAAAGGGCUGAUGACGAGGAGGAUGAGAUUGAUGUUAACGACCAAGAUGUGCAUAAACUUAUAAUUGUUACCCAGGAUAUUGGGAUAGACAAUGAUGAAAGAGCUGGCUCAAGGGAAUCAGACCCUAUCUCGAAUGAUCUUGCAACUGCGAUCAAUGAUGGACUUUAUUUUUAUGAACAGGAGUUGCAAGCCAAACAGUCUAAUAAUCGAAUAAAUAAUUAUGGAAUGGAGAUGAAAGAUGUGGAUUUUAGACCUUCCAGCCUUGGAAAUCCAUCUUUGAAUUCGAAGGCGAAUGCAAACAUUGCUGGAAAUAAUGGCCUGGAAGAGACUGGACAUGUCAAUUCUCGAAGACGGCAAAAUAAAGCCACUAGCAGGUCACAUUCCUCACAUAAACAACGAUUGUUUCCUGGUAAUUUUAGGAGUCAUGGCAAUGGCCGUAGCCGCCAUGGAAUUGUUUCAGAAAGCCCACCAAGCAAUUCAGUUGGGUUUUUCUUUGCGUCAACACCACCUGAAAAUUAUGGCCUUAUGUUGUCAAAAUUGAGUGGGUCUCCUCAUGGUAUUCUUUCUGGAAGCAGCCCACCUGUGGGAUCAAUGCCAAAACCUUUCCCACCUUUUCAGCAUCCAAGCCAUCAGCUUCUAGAAGAAAACGGAUUUAAACAGCAAAAGUACCUGAAGUUCCAUAAGCGUUGCCUUAAUGACCGUAAGAAAUUAGGAAUUGGUUGCAGUGAGGAAAUGAACACACUUUACCGGUUUUGGUCAUAUUUUCUGAGAGACAUGUUCAACCGAUCAAUGUAUAACGAAUUCCGUAAGCUAGCACUAGAAGAUGCAGCUGCUAAAUACAAUUAUGGGCUAGAGUGUCUCUUUAGAUUUUACAGUUAUGGGUUGGAGAAGCAUUUUAAAGAGGAUCUGUAUGAAGACUUUGAACAACUUACACUUGAAUUUUACCAGAAAGGCAAUCUCUAUGGCCUUGAAAAAUAUUGGGCAUUUCACCAUUUUCGAGCAAUGCGGGACCAUAAUGAGCCUCUAAAGAAACACCCAGAGUUGGAUAGGCUACUUAGGGAAGAGUAUCUGAAGCUGGAAGAUUUCAGGGCCAAGGAAAAAGUGGAGAAGGCAUCAGGGAAAGAGUUCAGCAGCAGCUGCAGCAGCAGCAGAAAUGGUGGUUCUAAUGAUAGAGAUAGAUCAACCAACUGUUAGUCAUGGCUGCAUGGUCUGGGUGUCCUCUGUGCACAAACCAAUCAGUCAUAGAUUAGUUUGAAUUUUGGGUGGUUGAUAACGUGAAAGUUUUGGUUUGGUUAAAGAGGAUUCAGAGUAGGCAUAUCUAUGCAGAUAUUGGAGUCCUCUUUCAGUAGUUCAAGGUGGCUGGGUCAGGAAUUCUUUUUUCCCUCCAUCCCGGAUUUGUACAUAAGGCAAAGGAAUAUAAAUAAUUACUGUAUCUGGAAUCGUGGAAAUGACAAAUAAGAGAGCUUGGAAUUAGCCAUGCUAUUUUAAAACUUA